AUGCGAAGGGACUUUGUAGUGAUUAUACUGUUGAGUACAGGAUGUGUGGUCUGUCUUUUAUACCUCUACUGCGUGACGUAUAGUGGACUGACACGUUUACAAAGAACCUUGAAGUCGAAUCUAUUACCUCCAAAUUACAAGAGACCCGUACAAACUAAAACGACAUAUCCUUUGACUUUAAAAACAAGAUAUAUAAUCAACAAUGUAAAUAUGUGUCGCAGCCAUACGAAGGUGUCAGCACUAGUCUUUGUUCACAGCGCAGUUGAGAAUUUUUGGAGAAGAAAAGAGAUGCGGGCGACAUGGUUGAAUAUUUCUCACUAUAGUCCAGAAACUGUGUGUGUGAUAUUUCUGGUAGGGACAACACAUAAUAUGGACAUGCAAGACAAGUUACUUAUGGAGAGCAGGAUUCACUGCGAUAUCAUCCAAGGUGACUUCAUAGACUCGUACAGAAACUUGACAAACAAGGGCGUCAUGGGAUUGCGUUGGAUCACGGAGAAUUGUAUGAAUGCCGAAAUCGUAAUCAAGGUUGAUGAUGACUCUUUUAUUAAUCUUUUCAAAUUCUUUGAAAAUUAUGCAUUUUUGAAAAAUCGAAAAAGGCUUAUAUUUUGCAAUGUAUGGGAACCGAAUUCCAUGGACAUAAUUCGAAAUAAAACCAGCAAAUGGUCCGUGAGCGACACAUUUUAUUGGGGGCAUGAACGAUAUCCAUUCCAGUAUUGUAGUGGGUUUGUGGUCUUUCUCUCUACAGAUCUAGUCCGUCCUCUGUACCAAGCCGCGCACACGGCGCCAUUUUUCUGGAUCGAUGACGUUUAUCUGUUCGGAAUUCUGCCGUCCUUUCUAAAAGGCGUGACGUUUGUGCCAUUGGGUGAGAGGUUAUCUUUUCAAUAUUCAAAAGCACACGAUUGUUACAGAGAUCUUAUGAGGAAAUGCAAGUAUCUUGUUAUGCAGGUAAAUGACGGUGAUAUUCUUGAAAUGUGGAAGGCUGUUGUUUACGAUAAGUUUCAGAGUAUCUUUGGAUAUUAUUAUUUUGGAUGA